AAGCACCAGCCACACAUUAUUGCCGGCAAGAUGAAGCGGUUGCUAUCGCUCGGCGCGCGGACGCCUCGUCGGGCCUCCGUGCCACUUCAUCGCCAUCUGUUCACAUCAGAAACUCCUGCUGUGCCCAAGUCAGAGCGUGAUCGCGAAUUCCUGGCUGCAUUGCAGGUUUUCUACCGUUUAGAGGGUCAUUUCACCGUUCCGUUCGAGUUCGUGGUGCCCACUCCUCCUUCAGACGUCGAUGUCGAGAGUUUCCCGUGGCCCAAGAAGACAUGGGGCAUGGAUCUAGGCAAUCGACUCCGUCUCUUCACACGUGGGCGUUGUAGUCCCUUUAAAUGUGCGUUGCUACGUACUGUCGGCUUCCCGUUUGAUGACUGGAAGACGUACGUGUGGGAAAUGCAGAUCAUCCCGUCGCUCAAGGUUUUCCAGGAACAGGAGGGUCAUCUUUUCGUACGUCAAAGCUUCCAGGUGCCAGUGGGUGACGACAGGUGGCCACGUGCAGCAUGGGGCGUCAAACUCGGCUCACAAUGUCAAUUAAUCCGUCGUGACGCUGAGGAUGGUCUCUCGGAGCAACGCAAGCAGCAGCUAGACGCCAUGGGUUUCGUCUGGAGUGACGCGCAAUGGAAGUGGAAGAUGCAGUUCCUCACAGCCAUGAAGCACUACAGGAAUCUCUAUGGACACUGCGCAGUACACCACACCUUCAAGGUGCCUACAAACGACCCAUUCUGGCCCGAGGUGAACUGGGGAUACAGGCUCGGACAUGCCGUAGCCAAGGUUAAAGCCAAUUUGGAGGAACACGCCAUGACACCUCGAGCUAUGGCGGAUCUUAGAGAACUAAACUUCUUCGAGGACGGACUGUCGCGUGAUGUCUGGCGGGAAGCCUUGAUGCCGAGCUUGGAGCUCUAUCCGAGUCUCUUUGGCGACACAUUCAUUCCGCAAGACUUUGUAGUGCCCAGUGAAGCUCCAUGGCCUGAACGUGCGUGGGGCAUGAAGCUCGGAUACAUCGUGGAGACCAUCAACUCUAGACGCAUCUUUAAAGACGAGAUCCAGAAUGACAAACAGAAGCUCAAGGAACUCGGUUACGCGUGGGAAUCGCUCUUCGGGAAAUGGGCCAAGGAGCUGCUACCAGCGUUACGAUUAUACAAAGCCAAGUAUCAUCAUUGUGACGUGCCGUCGUGGUGGGUUGUGCCUUCGAACGACGAGUCCUGGCCCAAGGCGCUGCGUGGGUAUCACCUGGGCAAGCAGGUGGUUCGAGUUCGACGCAAUGGACGCGGCAGUACCGAUGUGGCUGAUGUUCUGUCCGAAUUGGAGGCUCUCGGCUUCAAGUUUAACGCAUUUGAGAGUUAUUUCGUCGACCGUGUACUGCCGGCGUUAGAAGUGUACGCGGAGAUCUACGGCGACACUCAUGUGCCUCAAGGUUUCAUCGUGCCAUCCGAGAGCACAUGGCCGCGCCCUUCGUGGGGGACGAAGCUUGGUCACACUGUACGCAACAUACGCAAUCGGCAUCAGCACGCGCAACAAGUAGAAAUAUAUCGCGAUCGACUGGAAGAACUCGGCUUCGUGUGGAGCAUUUACAAGUCCACAGCUGCUACGAAGCGCGACAUUGUGGACCCCAGUGUGGAAAUCUACAAGGAAAUCAACGGCGAAGACGCUGAAGUACCGAGGAAUUUCACUGUGCCUGCAGACGAUUCGCGUUACCCCGAAGUAGCGAAGAACUUUGAGCUGGGCGCAUGGAUCUCUCAGUACAACAAGCGCAGCACUGGGUUACUCCCGUUCCAGACUCAAGAAGGCAAGAAGAAAGCGAUUGCAGCCAAUGACAAGCGUCAUGCGCAGGCCAGAGCUCAAGGAAAACUUACGACUCAUGCUGAGCAGUACUGGAAGGAUGUAUUGUUGUCUUCUUUCCUAGCUUAUGCGAAGCUACAUGGCAGUUGUGAAGACAUGGACGGCAGCUUUAUUGUACCAAACGAGGAGCCGUAUCCGCAGUCCGCCUGGGGUCUUAAUCUCGGUCUUCGUCUGCGUCAUGUACGCCACGGCGUCCGCUACGCGAGGGAAAUCGCCAAAUACAGGGACGAACUACUCGAGAUUGGUGUACUACGUGAUGGAGACGGCAUCCCGAUGGAACUGAAUGACGACGAGUACACUGAAGAUGACGAGGACUUUGAGGAAGACGAUGAUUUUGAAGAAGAGUAUGAUGAUCAAGAAGACUUUGAUUAUGAGGAUGAAGACGAUGACAGCGACGAGGACGAGCAGCGCAGAAAAGCACACCUCAACUAGUGCCAACUAUCAAGACGUCAAGAUGUCAUGUGAUGGUGCAAUGCUGUUAGGAGUUUUGAGAGAAACGAAUAUAUUGUGUUCAAGCGCCUCAAGACCCGACGUACGCACUAUUCUACACUGUACACGCUCCUCCUAUGGGGAUCAGAGAGUCAUCAACGACAAAAUACUAAUUACAUGUCCACAGGACGCCGCCUGGAGUCGACAAGCUGUGGCAUACUUUGUGUUCUCUGCGCGGACAAGAUGCCUUCAAUCCGGUCAACCGUCUGCUCAAUGGAGCUGAUUCGCGACGAGUGUUGAGUCAACGUCGCCAACAGCGUAUCGUGUUGCUGAGCCAGGAGCUGCUGGGUGGAUGUGAUGCGGUGGAAGAGCUCGAUGCAGGACGAGUCAAGACUCUGAAGCUGAGCGGGGGCUGCUUGUUGAGCAACUGCGAUGUUUCCAGGCUCUGCAGACACCAGAUCAGUGAUGCAGAGCUUCGAGUUGGUCGUGUUGGAAGCCUUGGACGAUGUCAGCUUGACGUUUGGAUCCAGAAGUUGAUACCGCGGUUGUGAGUUCGGAGCCGAGGACGGAGUCUUCGGUCCUGAACGACGCAAACUGCCUCGCUUACUACUGCGUACACUGCCGUUCGAUGACACACUGGAAGCGUUGGAACGAGGCUGCGUAAUCCGGAAGUCUCCGUCCUCAAUCUCCUCCGGAACACUCUGAAGCGAAGCAGCACGAAUCUCUGGGAAAGAAGGCAUCGAUUCCCGGCGCUUGUGACGCUUCUGCUUCAUUGCAGGCGGGACAGGCACAGAGCCUUCGCCUAUCAGCAGUUUUUCAGCUGCUGAAGACGCGUAAGAGAGUACUUCCAUCGAUCGAAGUGGCAACUUCUGCUUCGGCUUUGGGUCCAUGACAAACACCGAACCGAUGACGAUCCCCGUGCUGGGGUCACAGAUCGGCGUCGUAGCGUAGAAGCGGAUGUUAGCAGAGCCUGUAACCAAAGGAUUCUGGUUAAAUCGAGGGUCCUUGGUCGCGUCCAUGACGAUCGUAGGCAGCGGAGUCUGCAGCAAUUGAGAACAGAAGGCGAUUUCUCGAGGUAACUCCGCCUGUGCGAUACCGUAACGAGCCUUGUACCAUUGACGCGUCUGAUCCAUAAAUGCCACUGCAGCUACGUUGCAUUCGAGAACUUGUCGAACGAGUUCACAUACAGCAUCGUACUCUUUCUCUGGCUCUGUAUCUAGUACUUUGAACUGCGUGAGUAUUUCGUGUCUGCGAGCUUCGUAGAUCUCGAACUGUUCGUGCUCCGGAAGAAACUCAAUCAUGUCUGUAGCGGGGAUAAUUGGCUGUCCUCGGCGACUUCCCCUUUGACUAGCAGGGAUCGUGGGUCCGCCGCUGCCUCCAAGACUGCUGGUAUCACUCGCGUCACUAUCUGCG